UAAGUAUCGACCCAAGCAUCUGCACAAACGGUGAUAUAAAAGGAUCGUGGGCGCCUCACAAUUACUACGCGCAAAACACAAGCAGCCCGGAUCACUUAAGAGUAGUCCAUCAACCAUUACCAUUUUUUCUCCCAACAACAACCAAAACGCUCUUAAAAUUCGAUCCCAACUCUACAACAUUAACACCAGCGUCCAUCCAUCAUGCCAUCGCCACAAAAGUGCAACCGCGAAGAACCCACAACCUCCCCACCCCCCGACGAACGAACCAAGAAGAUCCAAAAGAUCCCCGAGAAACAGCCCCAAUGGCUGAUAUUCAAGAUCCCCGCCAUUCUACCAGCACAAUCAACGCCAGACCCAACAACCACACCACCCGCCUCCCUCCGCGCCUUGCACCUCCUAAACUACAAAUUCAACGUACUCCUCUACGACCUCCACUUCCCCGCCCCGACCGCCCCUGCGGCAUCCGAAGCCCGACUCCUCGCUUUCCCGCUCACGCCUGCCACGCUCCCGCCAUCGUGUGGGUACUUCUCGUGCGAGGAGACGCGGAUUGUGCUCGAUACGCCAUCGCUUGCGACGGGGAAGACGAUUCGCGAGGAUCUGCAUGCCAAGUACGAGGAGAAAGAUGGGGUGCUGAGAGGGAUGUGGACGAGGAGCGAUGUGAGUGAGGUUUU